GAUGAUUUGACCACCACUAAUGUUUCAUUAUUGAUUGAAGAUGACCCUGGACUUGCAGCAUCAAGUGGUGUUUAUCGAGAAUUUCACCAAUCAGUAAAACGUAGUCCAUCCAACAUGCAGGUGUUUAACUUGAUGUCUGAUUGUGAAAAUAUUUGUUCAGAACAUGUCAUAUUAUUAAGGAAAUUAGUCAACAGAUCAACCAAAAAUGCUCAACACAAAUUUCAGAAAACAUAUGACACAUUAGAAUUAUUAGAAAAUGAGAAAUAUACGUGGCAGUUAUUACGGUCUCUAUCUAAAGAUAGAUUAUUAGAUACAGAAGAUAAUAAUGAUGAAGAAGAAAUGAUAUUAGAUACACCAGCAAAGAUGAUAGUUGAUGAUUUAUUUGAAAAAACACCAUUAAUAAGACAAUCUCAGUUGGUGAUAGAUUGGUUAGAAAAUUGUUCUUUAGAUAAUCUAGAGAUGUUUUCUGAUGAUGUUAGAUUCUUCUCUGAUCAGUCUGUAGCUUGGGAAAAUUCACUUCAUGAACUGAAACAAAAGAAAGAAGGUAAAAUGGUCCGAACCUCUAGAGUGUUUGUUGAUGAAUUGGAUCCUGAUGCACCUAUACGUCAGAACAGUUCAUUAGAUGAUUUAGAUAAGGAAGAUGAAUUGAGAUUAUUACAACAUAUGUUUGUAUGCAUCAGAGCUGGACAGUUAGAUCGGGCACAAGAAGUUUGUCGUAAUUGUGGCCAGUCAUGGAGAGCAGCAACAUUAGAAGGUUGGCAGCCAUUUCAUGAUUCUAAUUAUCAGAAGUUGGGUGAAGGUGGUCAAGUUGAAUCUAUACAGGGUAAUCAAUAUAGAGAUGUCUGGAAACUUGUUUGUUGGAAAAUGGCACGAGAGGCAAAAUUUGAUAAAUAUGAGAAAUCUAUCUAUGGAGUGAUGAGUGGUAAUUUGUCAGCUAUAUUACCAGUAUGUAAAUCAUGGCAUGAUUAUUUAUGGGCCUAUUUUAAAGUGAUGGUUGAUACACAUGUUGAAGGUGAAAUAAGAAGAAAUACCAAAUCUGCCAGAAAAUUUGUAGACUUACCACCAGAAUAUUUUAGUAAAUUGUUGUAUCCAGAUUUGGUGUUUGCUGAAAUUGAGGCUAGUUUAAAUGAGAAAAUUCAACUGGAAUGUAAUUUAUGGUAUAAUGUGAUACAGAAGUAUAUUAUACUAGGAGAUAUUUCUACAUUAAUUCAGGUUAUGUACAAAUGGAUUCAAUCAGACAAUAAUGGAAUUCCACAACAUCUUGUACGUUUUAUGGCACAUCUAGUUCUUGUAUUACGUAGAAUAACAGAUAUAGCAGAGGAAGAGAAAGCUAUAGUAAUUAUAGAGACUUAUAUAGACAUUUUAAUUAAAAAUGGUAAUAAAGAAUUAGUAGCAUUCUAUGUGUCCAACUUACCUAAAACAUCUCAGAUUAAUUGGUAUGCCAAGUUUUUAGAAGGUAUAGAAGAUAAAGAAGAAAGACAGCAUGUAUUAAAUCUAGCUGAAGAAGAAGAAUUAGAUAUAGGUUUAAUAACCAAAACUGUAGUAGAAAAUAUACGUAAACGGGAAGAUUCAAGCACUGUAUCAGAUAGUGCUUGUAAUAUUGAAAUAACAGAUGAAGACCGUGAGAAAAUUGAAGCCAUUGAUUGGCUGGUGUUUGAUCCUAAACACAGAUCAGAGGCUGUUAAACAAGCUAAUGCUGUAAUGAGAGGUUUUAUAGCUGUCAAGAAACAUGAAGCAGCAAAACAAGUAUUUCAUAAGUUACCCAAUGAUUCCAUUGACAUUAUAUAUAAAAUACACCAUAGUACAGCUGGUCACAGAAAUCUAAAACCAGCAGAUGAAAAUGCUAUCAGAGAAUACAUGUGUAUAAAGGCAUAUCUAGAUGCUGUGGACAGUUUUAAUGACUGGUUUUCAUUCUUCCAUCAUGCUAAGCCUCAGAAACCUAAUUUAACUGUUGGAGCCAGCUUUACUGAUAAAGUAGCUUAUGAACAUAGAAUGAAACAAUUUGAAUCAGAAUUAGAUAGAUGGAGACAUAACCUCACUGCCCAAACAAAGAUUAGUAAAGAUAGAAUAUAUAAUUUAUUAUUAUUUACUGAUGGUGGUUGGAUGGUGGAUUUAGUACAGGAUAGCAAUGAAGAUGAAGGAAGAAGCUUACAGUUGAAAAGAUUAAGAGAAUUACACAUUCCUGGUUUAUGUUUUAACCUACAUCAUAUGUUACACUCUUCUGGACUGUAUGCCGAAUGUUUACAACUUGCUGAUUAUAUAGCAUCAGAACGAUAUCUCUUAUACAAGGAAUUCAAUCCAGAAAAUUUAAAGACCUUACUUCGUCAUUUACAAGAUUCUUCCUUACAAUUAUUAGAUGAGAAUAAAGAUCCAUUGGGAUAUGAUCUGGUAUAAUAUGUAUUAAAGAUAGAUGCCACCCGUUCUAUUUUGAUCAUGUUAAUUCUAUAUAAUUUUUGAAUAUAUUGCCGUCACCCAUGUCCGUCCAUCCGUCCACAAUUGCUCGUAAACACUCUACAAGACACAAUUCUUUAUGGAUUUUGACAAAACCUGGUAUGAGUGUUCGUAAUCACCCAAGGAUGAACCUUAUUGAAAAUCAGAAGAAUCAAAAAAUAUUUAGUAUGAGUAAUGGCCCUUGUUCAAUUUUUAGCUUGUAAACACUUUAGAAGGCACAAUUCUUGACAGAUUUUAACGAAACAUGGGGUGAGUGUUCGUAAUCACCCAAGGAUGAACCCUAUCGAAAAUCAUGAGAUUCAAGAAAUAUUAAUUAAGUGUUACUGCCCCUGUUUUUGAGAAUGCGUUCAAUUUUUAGCUCUUAAACAGUUUUGAAGGCACAAUUCUUGACAGAUUUUGACAAAAUUUAGCAUGAGUGUUUCUUUUCACCCAAGGAUAAACCCAAAUAUUUAGUAGGAGUUAUUGCCCUUGUUCUUGAAAACUUGUUCAAUUUUUAGCUCGUUAACAUUUUAGAAGGCUCAAUUCUUGACAAAUUUUGAUGAAACUUGGUUAAAUUGCUUAUUAUAAACCAUGGAUAAAUAUCGAAAAUCCAAAAAAUCGAAAAAUGUUUCAUAGUAGAAAUGGACCUCGUUCUUGAAAACGCUUUCAAUUUUUAGCUCUUAAACACUAAAAGGCAUGAUUAAUGCCAGAUUUUGACAAAACGUGGUUUUACUAUUCAGUAAUGCGCUGGGUUGAAUAUUUACCUUUUAGGGUUUUCACGAGCUAAAAAUUGAACAAAAAUUGAACACGUUUCAAGAACAAGGGCAUUAAUUCAUACUCAAUAUUAUUCAGUAUUGCCCCAAAAAGUUCAAAAGAAGUGUAAGACUGAAGGUUGAUUAUUUCAUACUGGUGAUUGUUACUGUACUGCCAAAUAUUUUUAUUUUAAAUCAAAGCUGAAAGUUUGGCGUAUAUUACCUUGCCUGGCAAGCUAUCUUUUUAGUAUGUAAACACCAAUAAAUUGAUGAAUAAAGUAAAUUGUAUAUUUUUA